AUGAGCAACGAGAACUCCGACCCCAACACCACCACCAUGGCCGGCACCGACACGCCAAUGGAAGAGCAAGUCGCGGACAAGGGCAAAGGCAAAGCCCCUGCCCCGAUCGCCGGCGACGAGAUGCAAGACGUCAGCGACGAGAGUGAGAGUGAGGAGGAGGGUGAGGCCGGCGAAGGCGAGCCCGAAGAAGCCGACGACGAUAACAUGGAGGAGAUCGACAUGGACAACAUCGUCGGCUCGCGCACACGCGGCAAGGAGAUCGACUAUGCGCAGGCGGCCAAGGAGCUCGAGGAGGACGACGAAGAUGAUGAGGCUGAUGAGGAUUUCCGCGACGAUGAUAUGAUGGAGGAUUGA